AUGCGUAGUGGUGUCCACGCGCCCACGCUCCGGAGGGUCCCGGGCAUCAUGGCGGAGCCGGAGAUCUCCACACAAGCUGCCCGGACCCCGCAGACUAGCGCUCCCUCAACCGCCACCGUGGCUGCGGCCUCAGCCCCACCGGCAACGGCGGGAGGCGGAGCUGGAGGAAGCAGCGGCAGCAGCGAUCCUGUUCGUCCGGGACUGAGCCAGCAACAACGCGCGAGCCAGCGCAAGGCGCAUGCGCGAAGCUUCCCGCGGGCAAAGAAGCUGGAAAAGCUGGGGGUAUUCUCAGCGUGUAAGGCAAAUGAUUCUUGCAAGUGUAAUGGCUGGAAGAACCCAAAUCCUCCUACGGCCCCCCGGAUGGAUCUGCAGCAGACGGUCACCAACCUUAACGAGCCCUGUCGUAGCUGUGGGCACACGCUUGCUGACCAUGUGUCUCACCUGGAGAAUGUCUCUGAGGAGGAGAUCAACCGACUCCUGGGGAUGGUAGUGGACGUGGAGAACCUUUUCAUGUCGGUGCACAAGGAAGAAGACACAGACACCAAGCAAGUUUACUUUUACCUCUUCAAGCUCCUCCGGAAAUGCAUCCUGCAGAUGAGCCGCCCAGUUGUGGAGGGUUCUCUUGGGAGCCCCCCAUUUGAAAAGCCAAACAUCGAACAGGGUGUCUUAAACUUUGUGCAGUACAAGUUCAGCCACCUGCCCACCAAGGAGCGGCAGACCAUGUUUGAGCUCUCCAAGAUGUUCCUUCUGUGCCUGAACUAUUGGAAGCUAGAAACGCCAUCCCAGUUUCGCCAGCGCUCUCAGAACGAUGAUGUGGCGACCUACAAGGUCAACUACACCCGGUGGCUGUGCUACUGCCACGUCCCCCAGAGCUGCGAUAGCCUCCCUCGCUACGAAACCACCCAGGUCUUUGGGCGCAACCUCCUCAAGUCCACUUUCACCGUAACUCGCCGACAGCUGCUGGAGAAGUUCCGGGUGGAGAAAGACAAGCUGGUCCCGGAGAAGCGGACCCUCAUCCUCACGCAUUUCCCUAAGUUUCUGUCGAUGCUGGAGGAAGAAAUCUACGGAGAGAGCUCCCCAAUCUGGGAGGCUGAUUUCACAAUGCCUGCAGCAGAGGGAGCCCCGCUUGUUCCCCGGCCAGCGAUCAGCACGGUUCCCGCAGCCAGCACGCCUCUCUUCAACAAGUCUUUGAGCUGCAGUUCCUCCUUGGCAUCCAUCAGCCUGGAUGGCAGUACCUUGGAAUCUGUGCCAGGUGAGAAGAGGAAGUUGCCUGAGAGCUUGACCAUCGAGGAUGCCAAGCGGAUCCGGGUGCUGGGUGACAUCCCGAUGGAGCUGGUCAACGAAGUGAUGCUGACGAUCACGGAUCCGGCGGCCAUGCUUGGGCCAGAGACUAGCCUGCUGUCUGCAAAUGCAGCCCGGGAUGAGACGGCUCGCCUGGAGGAGCGCCGUGGCAUCAUCGAGUUCCACGUCAUUGGCAACUCCCUCUCUCAGAAGUCCAACAAGAAGAUCCUCAUGUGGUUGGUCGGCUUGCAGAAUGUUUUUUCGCACCAGCUGCCGCGCAUGCCCAAGGAGUACAUCACCCGCUUGGUUUUUGACCCCAAACACAAGACGUUAGCCCUGAUCAAGGAUGGCCGAGUGAUCGGAGGCAUCUGCUUCCGGAUGUUCCCCACUCAGGGCUUCACGGAGAUCGUCUUUUGUGCUGUGACAUCCAACGAGCAAGUCAAGGGCUAUGGGACCCAUCUGAUGAAUCAUCUUAAAGAAUACCACAUCAAACACAGCAUCCUGUAUUUCCUCACCUAUGCUGAUGAAUACGCCAUUGGCUACUUCAAGAAGCAGGGCUUCUCCAAAGACAUCAAAGUCCCCAAGAGCCGGUACUUGGGUUACAUCAAGGACUACGAGGGAGCCACCUUGAUGGAGUGUGAGCUGAACCCUCGGAUCCCCUACACAGAGCUCUCCCACAUCAUUAAGAAGCAGAAAGAGAUUAUCAAGAAGUUGAUUGAGCGGAAGCAGGCCCAGAUCCGCAAGGUCUAUCCUGGCCUCACGUGCUUCAAGGAGGGUGUUCGGCACAUCCCUAUCGAAAGCAUUCCAGGCAUCCGGGAGACGGGAUGGAAGCCCAUGGGGAAGGAGAAAGGGAAAGAGCUCAAAGACCCGGACCAGCUGUAUACCACUUUGAAAAAUCUCCUUGCACAAAUCAAGACUCACCCCAGCGCCUGGCCAUUCAUGGAACCAGUAAAGAAGUCUGAGGCUCCUGAUUACUAUGAAAUCAUCCGUUUUCCCAUUGACCUCAAGACGAUGACGGAGCGCUUAAAGAACCGCUAUUACGUCACAAAGAAGCUCUUCAUCGCUGACUUGCAGCGCAUCAUCACCAACUGCCGCGAGUACAACCCGCCCGAGAGCGACUACUGUAAGUGUGCCAACACCCUGGAGAAGUUCUUCUACUUCAAGCUCAAAGAAGGGGGGCUCAUCGACAAGUAGGGAGUGCCAAACCCCACCUCACACAUACACACACACACACCCUUCCCUUCUGUGUGAGAUUUCCACCUCAGUCCUUUUGUCGAAAACUCUUCUGGCUCGUAAACAGCCGGACUUUUUCCUCGCUGCCUUCCACCGCGUCUCACGCACAAGUCCAGAUGUAGGUGGCUGGAUGUGAGGGGGUUUCCCCUAAUGUGAUCGGAGAGAGGGCUGGGGACACAGACUAUCGGCUCAUCCUUCACCCUCCAACAGACUGGGAUGCGCAACUUCAGCUGUGUUAAUUUCUGAGCCUUAUCACUCCGUCCAUCGGGUCUUCCUUUCCAGACGAGCUUGAAGAGGAGGGAGUACUUUGGGAGAUCCAGGAUCCUUGUGUUGAUAUUUGGGGUCGAACAAAGGCCCCACCACGGUCCUCAUCCCUCCUUUGUUUUCCCACUCGUGGUUUAUUCCCCCCCCCCCCGCAUCUCGUUCCCUACCUCCCAACUUGGGGGGCUUACACUCCACCCUUCCUUUCCCCAGUUUCAGCCGUUUCCUCUUGACAUGUGAAUGUAGACAUGAAGAGUUUAAAAAGAAGGGCCAGGGCAGGGUGGGGAGAUUGCCACAGGUUGAAGCAGUAGGGAGUUUCUCCUCAGUUGGGCACAACUAGAUAGAAAUGAUCUGGCCCUGUCCCCUUCCUCUUGGCCAGUUUACACAGUAUCCCACUGCCUGCAGAGAGAAGAAACCUUUGAGCCUCGGGAUCCAUGGUAUCUGGCUUCAGGAGGCAGGCAAGUGAACAAAGGAGGAAAGGAAGCUCCCAGAGGGCUUUCAUCCUUCAGAAGCCUAGCCAGCUGCCAGCCACUGAAAUUCAAUAAAUGUGGGGGUGUGGGAGGGGUGCUUCCUUGGUGGUGGAAGGUUGAAGGCUCCCUCAUACCUUGCAAUCACUGAAGGAAUGUGUCCUGAGGGGGUUACCAGUAACUCCGGAGUUGUGUUUUUCUGGGUUUGUCCCUACUCAUGGCUCACAUGGAGACACAACUUCACCCCACCCCCGUCACAGAGCUGCCUGAUGCCCCCCCCUUGAGCCCCUCUUCCCCCAACUUCAGAGUCAUUCCUGAGCGUUUCCCUUUGUCGCCAAGCACUUAUUGAACUGGCCACCUCUUUUGUACAACAUAACCAAAUUUUGAUGGUUGUUUCUGCACUUAGGACUCUUGCCCACGUGUGCCAAAAUGUCAGGCCCCUCUAGGGCUGGGCCCCCCUUGGAGCGUAUCAGCAGCUGUAUUCCGCCCCCCCCCCCGACACAUACAAACACGCACAAGUUGUCUCCUUGACAGCCACGUGGUUCGGUUCCAUAGAGGGGCACUCAGUUUGAGAUGUUUAACUAGAAAUUAGUGCAUUGUCCAACAAUUUGUGGUAAAUGAGCAAGCGCGCCUCUUCUCGUGUAAUUUUUGGGACAGUUAAUAUCUGUGCCACCUUGUGGAAAAACUGAAAUAGCGCUUUUUUGCACGUGCUGACGUACCAGCUCCUUUAUCUGUGGCAGCUGUAUCUAUAUGUGGGGUUAAUAUGAACCCUGGAAGAAUUAUUAAAGCAUCGGGAUAUAUAAUUGUGUUAUGGGAGAGCAAAUCAUAAAAGCUGCUGGGUGGUAAUGCCUUUUGCUGGUGGGCUGUUCUGAGGUGGUGCUUUAGCUGCCCUCUGCUUUUCAGUUCCUCUGCACUGCCGGAAACCAGAGAGGAAGUGGAGAGUUUCACUUCCUCCUUCGAUUCGCUUCUCUCUCCCUUCUUGCCGUUUGAUUCAACUGAGACAUUUCAGGAAGCGGGGGGGGGGGGCGUGGAGAGAGAGAACUGGCAGGCAGCUUGGAGGCCAGGUGCUGCUGCUCCAGUUGCCAAUAAUUGAUAUAAAUUCCCUUUUGAUUCCUGCUGCUUGGUGACUUGUCAGGCGAGAACCCAUAACUGAGGCUGGAGUACCUGUUUCUAGGGCCCCCCCUUUUCUGCCUGGCUGAGGGUGUCCAGUAACCUGGUCUAAGUUUGGUGUAGAACAUAACCUCCAGCUGCAAUCCAGGCAUCUGUUGAUAUGCAUCAAAGCAGAAUCUUUUGGCCACAUUCCUGGUGGAAAGAGGUUAAAUCUUUCCCGUUCUCUUUUCGCCCAGCCCUUCAACUUUGUUCAAGCCCCAUUCUCUCGUUCCCCUUUCCUUUAAUUACAAGAGAGAGAUUUUCCUUCAUGUGCCUCCAAGGAACUUUGUAAUAGGGAAACGGUGAGGAGGAAAGCAUUUCAGUGACGUUCCAGCUGCCUUCUCUCACGUGACUGUUGCCUUAUUAUUGCCACCACAUUUUGUGUGCUUAAUCUAUACAACUGCAGAGCUUCACUCUGCCAUUUUGGGCCUUUCAGUAAUGUUGCCAUUCCAUUUUUUUAACAUUUAAAAGGGAAAGAAAAUAAAGAACAUAUCCACAAUAAAAAAA